AUGGAACCUACAGUCAAUUAAUUUUAAGUGAAUUAAGAAGAUUCAAAGGAAAAAGAAUCUGCUUAAAUCUUAAAUAUUGUUGUUUUUGAAACUGUUGGAACUUUGCUAGUAAUUUAUGGAGCUUUAGCAACUGAGUAAAAGAUUUAUCAAAAUUAUGUAGAAAUAAUUUUGGAUUAUCUCUCAUUUAUUUUAUAAGUCUAAUAUUAUUUGGGCGCCUAAGUGGAGGAUAUUUCAAUCCAAUUUGUACAUUAAUAGGAUUUAUAGAUGGAACUAUUAAUAGUAAAAAAACAAUUUAUUUUAUUGGAUCCUAAUUACUUGCAAGUUUGAUUGCGGGAAUGUUAAUUAUGCCUUUAUUUGCGAAUAGUUAAACCUUACCUUAUUAUGAAUCGUAUAUUAAUAUUAUAAUAUUAGAUUACCUACUCAUUAAGUACUAGGUACUUUGAUGUCUGAAAUAGCUGGCUCCAUUAUUUUCUUUACUUUUAUAUAAAUUUAAACAGCUGAAAACACAAAAAUUACUUCAACUCAAAUUUAAUCAGCAGCAUUCAUUAGUAUAAUAUAUUUUGUAGCUAGAUAGUAAUAUAUGAAUAUAUUUUAGAUAUACAGCAACUAUGGGCAAUAGUUUAUUCAAUCCAGCAGCUGCAUUUGGGUAAGAAUUUUGAUAUAAGUUAGACUUUAACUUUUUUAUGGAAUUUAUUUUGGAAGAUGGAGUUAGAUGAUUAAUUUAUUAAUGUUUGUUAUUGGACCAUGGAUUGGAGCGCUAUUGGGAAUUACAUUUUAUUGGAAGAUUUAUACUCCAACAUUAAUAAGUAAAUCUACGAAUUGAGAAUUAAUAUUGCAUCC